AUGACAACUCCUCUUGUCACACCUCGCCCAAUCUCAAUUACAUUAGAUGGAUCUAAUUAUGUUAUAUGGGCUCGACAUAUGACAAGCUAUCUUCAAUCUCGCAAACUAUGGAGGGUUGUUAUAGGUGCUAUACCUAGACCAGUUCAAAAAGAAAGGGAAGAUCAAGAUGCCUUUGACAUUAGAGAAGAAAAUUGGUUGUGUAAGAAUGGAGAAAUUGUCACCAUUCUGUGUAAUACUUCAACAACAGAAAUCAAUCAACAAUUUGGGCUUUUUGUCACUGGUAAAGAAAUAUGGGAUUUUCUUAAAGAUAGGUAUACCACCACUGAUAUGGCUCAUCAGUAUCACCUUUUGUCUGGGCUUCUUAGCAAACGUCAACAACCAGGUCAAACCAUCAGUGCAUUUCUAUCUGAAGUACAAGUUAUAUGGGAUCAACUGACUCUUGCGGGACCCACUUUCAAAUGUCAAGAGGAUGCUAUGAUUUCAACUACCCAUCAAAAACAACAUCUCAUGAUCUUUCUUAUGGCGCUACAAGAUCGUUAUGAACCUGUUCGAGCUUCUCUCCUACAUAGAAGAAACCAGGUUGGGAGUUCCUACUUCAUCAACUAG